AUGUGGAACCAAGGGGGCGGCCACCCCCAACAGUACAUGCAGCACCAGCAGCAGCAAAUGCAGCAGUACAUGCAGCAGCACAUGGCUGGCUACCCUGCUGCUGGGUAUGACGCGGCGCAGCAGCAUCAGAUGCAUCAGAUGAUGCUGCAACAGCAGCAGCAGUAUAUGCAGCAGCAGCAGCAGUAUAUGCAGCAGCAUCACAUGCAGCAGCAGCAGCAGCACACGCCUGGUGGGUAUGCAUAUACGCAGCAGCAACAACAAAUGUAUCAGCAGGGGUACGCGUUUGCAUCUCCCUCGACAGCUUCUGCCUACGGGUCGCCUGCUGCUUCUGGUACAUCCAGUAGUGCGGGUACAGCCGCAGCGGCGGCGGCGGCAGCAGCAGCAGCCGCAGCAGCAGCAGCAGCAGCAGCCACUCCGUAUGCGCAUGCGGGGUCGCACUUAUCGCCGUACGGCGCUGCCUUCGCUCCCCGACAGGGAGCAAUAGCUCCUCCGGCAGAUGCUGAGCUGGCGAAGAGGAUUCGCACCAUGGCAGAGUAUUGUGCGAGAAAUCCAGAGAUGGAGAGGAUGGUGCGACAGCGAGACGGCUCAGAUCCCCGCUUCUCCUUCCUCUCCGGAGGGGAAGGCUAUGAGUAUUUCAGCCGCGAUCGAGAGCUGCAGGAAGUUUUGCAGACACUGGAAAAAGAAGCAACUGCAGAGCACAUUCGAGCUGCCCGGCACUGGGCAGAGAUUGGCGGGGGUACUGCAGAGGCAGAUGCUGCUGCAUGCUGUGCAUUGGCUGCUGCUCUGUACAAAGAACAAACGGCGUUGAAGACUCCAACGCACAAGCUGCACGCCCUCUACUUGGCGCACGACAUUGUUCAAAAUGAGGCUGUUUCCAAGCAGUCGAGUGUGCUGCUCAGAGCAUUUAAGGUGUGGCUGCCAUGGAUGGCAAGGGAGGCCUUUCAGGCUGCAAGUGGAAGCUCAGAAGGCGAACAAAAAGUUGAUAGAGUGCUGUCUCUAUGGGUGGAACGCGGCGUUCUAAGUGCAGACGAGCGGCACGAAGUUGCCUUUUUCUGCCGCAUUUCUCAGCAGCAGUUUCAGCAGGCUUUAAAUGCUGGAAGGUCGGAGGCAGAGGUGUGGCAGCCUUCUCGGGGGUUUGAUAUGCGCCCUGAAGAGCUUGGGCUGACUCCCGAGACGGUGUCGGUGGGAAUCAUGGCGACGAUGUGUCGCAGUAUUAUAAAACGGACGCGCCAUAUGCAUGCAGCCUUCGUGCCCUAUCGGCCACUGGACCCUCUUGCGACCCCUCAGACAACCCCGCCUGUAGAGCCGCCGUCAGAUUACUUGUCGGAUCGGCUUCAAGACUUUUACGAAGACCUCGACCAUAUUGAGGAGAACUUUAGACCUGGAUCGUAUCGUAGAAUCGCGUCCAGACAGCGCUGUUGUUUUUGCGCCAGCCGUGCUUGGAGCGCACUAACAUACGCUUUGGCCUGCCGCGCCUCUCAGGAAGAAUUUGCAGCGACAGUCUUUAUUCGAGAAGCAGAUCGAGCAGCGCCAGCCUGGAACGGAAGCUUGAGGCCAGGUGUGUAUGAGCGUUUUUGCAAGGAAAAGGAGCGACGCUUAGAAGCUCCUGAGGGGCCUCCCCCGAAGCCAGGCGGCCUGCGCAGCAGCAGCAAUUGGAUUGCUGCGGAGAUGGGUUUGGCAGAUGAUGGCACUUUUGCGGGGCCUCGAGGAGGCGCGCGCCUCGGGUUGGGCGCUACAGCGGAUCCCCCAAAGCCGGUGCAGCCAGUGGAUCUCUCAGAUCCUUUCGAGCGAUUUAGACAUCAACGCGCUGGAAGAUACCAUGAGGUUAUGGCUGCGCACAAAGCGGAUCGCAAAGACAUGACGCGGCAAGAGAGGAACUGCUACCUUUGUGGGAAGUUAGGACAUCUGGCAAGAGACUGCACGAGUAAGUCUCGGCCUGGCCAGCCGCCGUGCCAGACUGGCUGUAACACCGUGGACCCCAGGAACGGUGAUUCUUCGUGGCGUUGGGCUGCUUUCCCCCUUAUUAGUGAUCUUAUGAGUUUUACUGGUCAUUCGUUUAGGCAGACAGUGCUGACUAAUGACGCAAAAAGCCCUGCGGCUGCGGCAACGGCGGCAGCUGCAGCGGCUCGGCGUCUGAGCGCCUACCGAGGCUGCUGCCAUUGCAACAUGGGUGGGAGAGAGGCCUGGAAAUGCCUUCUCCAGGAGUGGAGUGUUGACAACGCGGUCACCGCCCUCUGCUUUGGCUGGAAGCGGCUGCGGCAACGGCGGCUCCAGCUAGCGCAUUCUGCAUGGGCCGGCCGUGCGGAUACACCCGGGAAACCGUAUGUUCGACAUUGA